GAUCCAUAGCAUUCCAAAAAAUGUCUUCGGGACAGACAGAUGGAGUAAUUUUGCCUGAGUGUUUAUGCUCGUUGCAGUUGCCUCACUCUGAAGAACAUGCAUCUGCGUUGCCACGUCAACAAAUGCCUACACUGUAUUUUCCUGAGUCUUCCGAGUCAGUCAACUGCAGCCCGAAAAGCCGAAGACUGCAAGAGCUACUUACUGAUCUGAAGUCGGCUAGAUCUAAAGAUCUGGAACUUGGCGAAAGAUUUGAUCGAAACACUGAGCAAAUUAUGAGGGAAUUCUAUGAUGCUGAAGAAAACCGGCAUGGUCCAUUAGACCUGGAAUGCUCACCACUGGACGAAAAAGGAAUACGACUAAAGUAUGAAUUGGAGCAUAGCCGUUUCCAGUUAGCUGAAGUGAGAAACCAGUUGCACACUUUGAAACGUGAGCUCAUUGCUUACAAGAAGUUAAUUCGUCAAGAAGUGGGAGAUCAUUUAGACCUUCAUGACAUAUUGACUGAUAAGCGAUGGAAAGGUCGUGCUCAAGAGAUCGAGCGACUGCGUUCACAAAUUGCCGGAAUGGAAUCGAAGGCUUUUGGACACAAAUAUUUGAGGAAUCCUCUCUGUCCUCCUCAGUACACUUCGAGGUUUCCAACUACGGAUGAUCUCAUUCCGAGGAGUCAGGCUGAAUAUCUCAAGCGGGAAGCCCGAAAGCGGAGGGAGAAACAGGAAGAGGUAGAAAAAGAGGUAUCAGGGCUUCUAAAAGAGUACGGAAAUGUUAGCCUGGCAUAUAAAGCUUCACUGAUUCAUAAUAAGAUGUUAGCCGAAGAACUCAGAUCCUUGAAGGAGCAGUUAGAAGGUUUCGAGAAGAAAGCCAAAGAAGACCGCCAGCUGAUCAAGGAUCUAACUGCCUAUCAGUUGCAAAUGAGGGAAAUGCUUGAACGGGAAGCACAUCUUGCCGAACUUGUUCGCAAGAACGAGAAGCAUGAAGAAUAUUCUGAAAGAGAAGAGGAAUGGGAUGCCAGCAAAUAUAAAGCGCUGUGGGAGGCGAGCGAGUUUUCAAAGCAGACACUGCAGGAUAUGGUACGCCUGCUGACCACCAGAGUAGAGGAAAUGGCCCAGGAAGCAGAGACAGCUGAGCAACAUUGUCUAGAAAAUCAGGCUAGACAGAAGGAGCUUGAGCAACAGCUGGAGGCCCAAAAGGAGGCUGAGAAAGCGGCUGUCAAGACGAAAGACCCGAAAUCGAAAGGUGCCGCGAAAGGAGCACCUCAACCUGUAGGACCUCAACUUGUAGGCAAAUCGAUGCCCAUUGGUGCCCAACUGCAACUGGUGCGAGCUGAAAACGCCUUCUUGAAGAAUUUUGUGCGCAGAGCCCUUCAGAGUAAAGAGCAAGAUAUCCAGUUGUACAAGCACACAAUGAGCUGUGUCCGCGAACUGUAUGUAGCAGCUCUCCAUAGGAUUCAAUCAGCUACACAAACGCUUGGUGCAGGGACAUCAUCUGCGUGAAUUGGCUUGUAACGAUUUUCAAAGGAAAUAAAAAAAAAUUUCUG